AAUCUUUGCACUUAAAACUUUCGGAAUAACAAUCAACAGCUGGCGUCUUGUUUAAACAAUAGCAUACAUAAACUGUUUACAAUUUACAAAGUGUAAGCAUAGAUAAUAUAUGUGUAUAGAUGUGUUAUCAAUAUUAAGAGGCGCAAAGUUAUACCCGAAGUCAACUCACCGGCAUUGGCACAGUCGCUCAACGGAACUCGUGAAGAGCGCAAGCUAGCUAGCUAGAUAAAUUAGCAAAACACUACAUUACUAAUAGCUAACAAGUUUACUGUGUGUAGGCGCUAUACGCAUAACUUCGACCGACCAACUCCGGCAAAGUGUUGCUUGUGGAAUUUUCCACGCAUACAUAAAUGAUCACUCACUGCGCGCAUGCAAACGUCUUGUGUGUAUUUUAUAUCUACAACUCUUGGCCAACAUUUGUCCAUUCAUAGAUCACGCUUACAACAAACGCAGAUAUUUCGAACAUUCCAGAAUUAGAAAAUGUCUCAUCGUCGCCAACUAUACAUAAACGCUACACAGCGACCCAUGGAACCCUUUUGUGAUUGUGCAUUUCCGCAAAGUGUCUUACUGGCCACUUAUAAAGGAUAUAUACCGGAUUUAGUGAAUUGUCGUUGUGGUGAACGUGUUGUGGAAAAUAAAAAUGAAAAUUUAGAAAAUACUGUCACAAAGGAAUCUAAUGUUGAGAAAGCGCCGAAGGAAAUAGUGUGUCAACCGAAUGGUUUGCAAUGGAGUUGGGAACAGAAUGAAACUACUGACACCUUGAUCAAAGGUGCUGAUAUCACUUUUCAUCCUACCUAUAGUCAAGGUACUGCAAUUGUGCGCAGUGAACGGCCUCUUAAGACGGGCAUGGUGCAUUUCUGGGAGAUGCGCAUCAUAACGCCACUAGCUGGCACCGAUGUGAUGUUCGGUAUUGGCACUGAUAAAGUUGAACUCAAUCAAUUCCAGUAUCAUUUCGUUUCGGCGCUCGGCACAAAUGCACAAUCCUGGGGUUUUUCCUACAAUGGCAAAAUACAACAUAACGGCGUACAAUUGCCGUAUGGCCUGAAAUUCUCACAGGGUUGUAUUGUGGGCAUUUGUCUGGAUCGUGCGCGUGGCACAUUGGAAUUCUAUUUGAAUCGUCGUGCAUUGGGUGUGGCCUAUACGAAUAUACCGUUAGAUCCAGAAGUCAAACUCUAUGCUAUGGUCUGUUCGACAGCCGCCAAGUCAGUGGUGCGUUUAAUAAAUUCCACCUCGCAAGCGGAUUGUCUGCAAUUGCGCGCUUUUAAAGCGCUCUCCAAGCAGCCGAAAGAUUUGCAGUUACUACGUCAGAUGCCCGGUUUUCGUGGCAUAUUGAAUGAUUAUUGGUUCCUAACGCCGCCGGUGCGUUAUUCACGUCGCAAUGCGGCUAGCGAAUUGGAUAUUGCCGAUGAGGCGGUGCUAUCGAAGUCGAGACUGAGCAGGAAGCAGAAAUAUAAAGAUGAUGACUUUGACAUAGAUGAUCUCUACUCAAAUGCGCACAAAAUAGCGAUGCGUUGCAGCCCAGAAAAGGAUGAUGAUUUGCAUCCGAGCGAAUUUUUCGAUGAAUACUUUCAUUUCCUAUUUUAAGCGUCCAGUCAAACAGCAAAAGACUAAGACUUUAGCUAAGAAAAACAAUUAACAAAUUCCCAUUAUAAAUUUCCGUUUACCCAUUUAAGCAUUUACAAAGGUUUAUGGUUACGAAAUUUGUAGCGCAAUUAGUAUUUGUAAAUUUAAUUAUAAGCUUUUUAGCGCGAAAUAACAGUUGUAUAUUCGUGCUUAAAAUUUUCCAUUGCCAUAUUUUUUUAGAUUUAAUUUGUGUACUAAAAUUAUGAAUGUGUUACCAUCAAACCGUCACAUGGCAUUUAUUUUAUUUAACUUAAUGAUUUACAACUGUUUACAAGCAUUUCUAGUUAGAUAAAUCCUCCGACUUAACUUAAUAACACUUAACUCUUUACGCGCGUAGCAUUUGAGCCAAAUUAAUACAUUUUGGCAUCAUACUUACAUACUUUACUGACAUUUCUAAGUCGCUUUAUUACUUUUUAUUUUUUUUUUUUGACUCUUUUGUUUUUGUUCGCUGCGUGUUCAAUUGUUUUAUAAACAAAACCGUGCUAAAACACAUGUCACAUUGUUUGCGCUUGACUUAAGUACAUGUUAAGUAGUUAAGUAUGUGUAUAUAUAAGCUUAAUUGUAAAAUUGUAUAUAUAGUAACUGCAUUUCUUUGAGAGAUGCACUAAUUGUUUGUAUACAUAUAACUCUAUUCUGAGUUUAAUUAUCGACUGUGUUCAAUAGAAAUUUGCUAAUCUCAGCUAAUGCACAAUUAGAACACUAAUUUGUUUACUUUAGUUUAUUAAUUAACGAUGUUUUAAGUGCUCUUUAUAAAUAAAUAAAUUUAUUAAAAUAGUUUUUA